UCUCUGGUCUCUACUUCUUGCAUUUUGCAAAGAAAACAAGAAAACACUCGUAUAUUCUUCAAAUCACACUGAGAUGGGUCCAAUAUUGUUGUACUCUACAUAAAUUUAGAGCUUUUUCAUGUGAAGACACGAUCCGGAUCUGCCGCGCCUUCUCCUUUCACAAUUGCCUUCUACCUUUCCCUCAGACACACACACUCUCUCUCAUCCUCUCAAUAGAGAGAGAGAGAGAGAGAGAGAGAGAGAGAGAGAGAGAGAGAGAGAGAAAGAGGGUGGGAGCCUUAUCUUAUACAAUUUUUUUCAGAACGAAAAGACCUAAGGAAAUGGAGGAACAGUACGGGAUAACGGAUCUGACUCACUACAUGAACGGAAGAGUCUUCACCGCCGUCCCUCAGCCACCAUCUCAGCCUCAGCAGCCUCCUCAUGAUCUUCACUAUGAUAUGGUGAUGAUGGGUGGUGGUGGGGGUGGUGGUGGGAUGAUGUUUCGAUCAGAUUCCACCACCGGUACAGGCUCAACCACUGCUAGUCUUAGCGCUGGUGGUGGUGGUUUAGAGAUGGAAAUUGGCGGCGGUUUAGAGAUGGAAAUUGGUGGUGGUAGUGGUGGUGGAAAUGGUAGGUGGCCAAGGCAAGAAACUCUAACACUUCUGGAAGUCAGAUCAAGGCUUGAUUCUAAGUUCAAAGAAGCUAAUCAGAAAGGUCCUUUGUGGGAUGAAGUUUCAAGGAUAAUGUCCGACGAACAUGGGUAUCAACGAAGUGGGAAAAAAUGCAGAGAGAAGUUUGAGAACUUGUACAAGUAUUACAAGAAGACUAAAGAAGGCAAAGCUGGAAGACAAGAUGGGAAACAUUACAGGUUUUUUCGACAACUAGAAGCUCUUUAUGGCGAAACCACCAUUAGUAUUAGUCCUAAUCUGAAUCCUAACCCUAACCCGACAUCCUUUUCGGAUCCUCAUAACUUUAAUGUCGAAACGAGUGCUUUUCAAGGUCAUCAACACCCAAAUAAUAGUAGUUUUCAAGAACCCUUUCAAACCGAUCAUUCCAGGUUGUGUGACGAUAGUCCUAGCCUCUCUAACAAUUCUUCUGCUUUCGACACUUCUUCAUCGGGCUACAGCAAUCCAAACACAGCCAUGCCUUCGUUCAUGGAAAACAAGGAUUAUGGAGAUAGGGCAACUAACAAGAAAAGGCUUGGAAAAAGGAGUUGGAAGACAAAGAUCAAGGACUUCAUUGAUUCCCAAAUGAGGAAAAUCAUGGAGAAACAAGAGGAAUGGAUGGAGAAGAUGAUGAAGUCUAUUGAACAGAAGGAAGAAGAAAGGGUUUUACGAGAGGAACAAUGGAGGAAAGAAGAAGCUGCUAGGUUCGAAAAAGAGCACAAGUUUUGGGCCAACGAACGAGCAUGGAUGGAGUCCCGAGAUCAUGCUUUAAUGGAGGCUUUACACAAGUUAACCGAUAAAGAAUCAUGUCAUAAGUCUUCUCCCGAUGAACAAAACCUACAAGAUCAUCACCAUGGGAAGAUUGAAACCGCUGUAAACCUCUCGAGUUGGGAUGAAAAUGAGAUCACAAGGUUAAUACAGCUACGAACAAGUAUGGAAAGUAGGUUCGAACAAGGUGCGUAUAUGCAAGAGCUUCUUUGGGAGGAAAUCGCAACAAAAAUGGCGUGUUUGGGUUACAGCAGGAAUGGCGUAACAUGCAAGACGAAGUGGGAUAGCAUAAAUGACUUCUUAAUGAGAACCAAAAAGAGAAAAGAGAAUACAAGAAGUUCCAACUCGUAUAGUCAUCAUAAUAACGAAUCUCUUUCUCACACCAUUCAUCAUCAGGUCGGAAGCUAUCGUCACAACAAUGAACGACUGGUUGCAUCCAACGAUCAACCGAAUGAUGGUAAUUACAGGUUUGUGAUGGGUGAUCCUGAGAAUAUCUGGGAUGGAUAUGGCAUGAAGGUCAACAAGGGUGAAGAUCAUUAGGCUAUCAUUAUUAAGGGUGUGGUAGGUAGCUAGCAGUUUGUUCGCUUUAGGGAAGAUAUGGUUGACUAUUUAGUCGGUGGGAAUGAAGUUGAUAUUUAACAAGUCUUGUAUGGAAAUGGGAAGUGUGAAUAAAGUGACAUUUAGUUUCUUCUUUAUUAUAAAUGAGAUUAUUAAUUAAUAUA